AUGGCGAUCUUUGAUGGAAGCCAGUACAAUGGCUUAAGCCUUGAGUUCCGCAAGCGGCUACAGAAACAAGAGCCUACAGAGACACUUCUCCGAACAGAUCGGACACUCCAGCGUAUUUGGGCCAGGGAGGGGCGCCCCUCCUACCAGGCAAAAUUGGACCCUGGGAAGAGGCUCAUUGACGAAGCCGCUGCAGAUGUAGCCAAGCAGAAGGAGUUUCUGCCUGCUUUCUCCGUCAGGAUCUUAGGGUCAACGCCUGACUUGACGAUAGAUGAGUCCACGGAGUUCGAGAGACAGGUUGUUUUCGAAGGCUUCCGGGGCCGGGACACGGUCCGGAGCCUCAAGGACAGGCUCCUGGAGGAUGGCCUGGCUUGCGAGUCACCACGAAUCUUUCUUCCUCCACAUGAACUUCGGGAUGCGACGAAGCUUGGGGAGUGCUUCGCGCAGUGGUCAGGCUUUGGCCUAGAGAAUUGGCCUCCAAAGUUUGUCAUGAAGCCCAUGCUGCAGGCUCCAGCUGGACAGAGGAUGACAGAGGAGUACUAG